AUGGUCGGUAAAGUUAUAAUCGUUACAGGUGUCUCUAGAGGUAUUGGUAGAUCUAUCGUCGAGAAAUUGAUGGAUUUAGACAAUGAAUCGGUGGCUUACGGUAUUGCAAGAUCUGAAAAUGGAUUAUUGGAAUUGAAAGCACAAUACUCUGAUAGAUUCGACUAUGUCGUUGGUGAUAUCACUGACAGUUCUAAAUUAAGCUUGUUAAUUGACAAGGCAAUCAAAGCUCACGGUAAGAUCGAUUCAGUAGUCGCUAAUGCAGGUGUUAUCGAACCGGUCCAAAACGUUGCUGAUGCUGAUGUCGAUGCCUGGAAAAGAUUAUUCGAUAUCAAUUUUUUCAGUAUCGUAUCUUUAGUAAAGUUAACCAUUGAACACUUGAAAAAGACUAAUGGUAACAUUAUCUUUGUCUCUUCAGAUGCUAGUGAUACUUAUUUCAGUAACUGGGGCGCUUAUGGUUCUAGUAAAGCUGCUUUGAACCAUUUUGCCAUGACUGUGGCCGAGGAAGGUGAAACUAUUAAAUGUAUAAGUGUUGCACCAGGUAUCGUUGACACAUCAAUGCAAAUUACCAUUAGAGAAAAGGUUGGUUUCAAUAUGAGUGAAGAACACCAUCAAAUGUUCAAAGAUCUCCAUCAGAACAAUAAAUUAGUUGGUUCUGACGUCCCUGCCACUGUAUAUGCCAAAUUAGCCUAUUACGGUAUUCCAAAGGACUUAAAUGGUAAAUAUGUAUCAUACGAUUCUCCAUUACUAUUGAACGAUUUUAUUUGA